AUGAGUCCGGGCGUCAUUCCCAACCUGCAGAAAGCAGUCCUGAUCGAAAACCCGGGUCCCGAGGCCAGGGUCAUCGUCCGCGACGAUGUACCCGUCGGAAGCCCCGGGCCUCACGAGGUCCUCGUUGAACUGAGCUUCACCGGUGUCUGUGGAUCGGAAGUCCGGGCCCUCCGCGGCUGGGGCGCCUACAACCCUAUCGUCGGCCACGAGGGCGUCGGCGUCGUGGCCGGGCUGGGCGACGACACCCCCGGGUCCCUCUUGGGCCAGCGGGUCGGGGUCAAGUGGCUGUACCGCGCCUGCGGCGCGUGCUCCGCAUGUGCGCGCGGGUUCCCCAACAACUGCCCGGGGCAGCUGAACACGGGCAAGCACCGGCCCGGGACGCUGCAGCGGUACGUCGUCGCCGACGCGCGGUACCUGACGCGGAUACCGCCGGGGCUCAGCGACGAGGAGGCCGCGCCGCUGCUCUGCGCGGGCCUCACGAUGAUGGGCGCCGUCUCGAUGCUGGACGGCGACCUGUCCCGCGGCGACUGGGUCGUCAUCCAAGGCGCCGGCGGGGGGCUCGGUCACCUCGGGGUCCAGAUCGCGUCCAGGAUGAAGGGGCUUCGCGUCAUCGCGGUGGACACUGGGCAUGAGAAGCGGGUACUGGCCGAGUCCUCGGGGGCAGAGGCAUACAUCGACUACGUGACCGACGAUGUGGAGAAGGCGGUGACGGAGUUGACCGGCGAGGGUGCUCACGCCGUGAUCGUAGUGCCCGGGUCCGAAGAAGCCUACCGCAUCGCGCCCAAGCUGGCCAGGUCCAUGGCGACGGUCGUCUGCGUCGGUUUGCCGCACAACGAUUUCCAGCUCCCAAUCUCAGUCACCCAAUGCGCCCUCAAAGCGUUGACAAUCAAAGGUGCCAUGGUUGGCACGGAGGAGCAAAUGACCGAGUUGCUUCAAGAGGCGAGGAAAGGAACUAUCAGAGCGGUUGUGGAGCCGUAUGGUUUCGCCGAUGUUGCGGAUAUCAUGGCCCGGCUCGCAAGGGAGGAGAUAUCCGGAAGAGCUGUUGUGAGUUGUUGA